AUGAUUCGUGUAGAUAUCGACACGGCCAUGCUUGGAGGCACCAUAUCAUAUCCCUGGGCUGGAGAUUUGACCGAGAUGCUUUGCGUGCGCCCAGCUGGCCAAGGUCGUAUUUGGGACGACACAACGCCCGCACGACUGGGAAGACUGGCCGGGUCUUGUCUCGCAAAAUGCGACGUCCUCCUGGACGAUGACAUGUCAGUGAAGCUGACGCCCGCUUUCGCCCUUGGUCAACGACAUGUCUACUACGACUUGGCACGCGCGGUUCCCAAAUUUAGAAGCGGUCGAAGAAGAUUCUAUGGCACACGUCCAGGGGGGGGAAAGGCGACCAGGGGGGGUAGGCGGCGGCCCCAUGGACACGCGAGAUUUGCAGGCCGUUUUUGGCAACAAGGGGUCGCGCCGUGA